UAUGGAAAAAAAUGAAACAAGGAAAAUAUCUGUCAAAUUGAAGAGCAUGAAGAUAUUCUUGCAACUCACGUAAUAUUUCGCUUUUAUUGAAUUAAACCUAUAAAGAUGACAUCGAAAAAAGCAGUGGAAUUAUUGAAAGAAAUAGUUAAGUAUUCCCAAAAAUCUACAGGGUUUGAACAAGUUUUAAAAAAUAUUCAGGUAACUGGUGGUGAUGUGGGACACUGUUUGGCAGAGUUUGUUGUUAAAAAGGAAAAUUUGAACGCUGGAGGCGGACUUCAUGGCGGUUUCACGGCCACAGUUGUAGAUAAUUUCACAACUUAUGCUCUUGUUACCACGAAUAGUAGUCCUGGCGUAACUGUUGAUCUACAUGUUAGCUACCUAAAGGGAGCUCGAGAAGGAGACACAAUUAUUGUUGAUGCCAAAGCAGUUAAAACGGGUAAAACUUUAGCAUAUCUUGAAUGUGAAUUGCGUAACAAAAACACCGGACAAAUUAUCGCCAAAGGUUCUCAGACAAAAUUUGUUGCAUCUCCAUAAAUAAUAAAAUAGUAAUUCAAAUAUAAAAUAAUUAUUGUUAGAGUCAUUUCA